AUGGCCGCAAUACAGAACUUCAAGAAUUUCCUGCGCCAUGGUAAACAGGCCCGGGGGAACGCCGCUCAUGGCGAGCCCACCACAAACGUCUCCAAUGUACACGCACAGCACCAACCGCAGCGUCAACACCACCCUGAGCCUCACCAUGCCGGCAUCAGCGAGCCCGUAAUGCACCAGGCCCAGAAGCAGCACCAGGUGGCGCCCCACGGCGACUACUCCGUCGGCGCCAUCGACAACCGCAACAUCGCCGCACAGGCCGGCGACGUAGCAGCGCGCGCGGCAGGCGAAAAGCAGAAGCACCAGGCGAACGCCGCUGCCGGCUCAAAGAACAGGGACAUUGACCCUACAGUGCUCGAGCGUAUCGUGGCAGAGGAGCGUGAAGCCAAGGGCAAGCUGCCCAAGUACCCUGGCCUCGAGCGAUGGUCGUUGGUCGAGAAGAUGGGCGACGGCGCCUUCAGCAACGUCUACCGAGCACGCGAUAACAAUGGCCAGUACGGCGAGGUCGCCAUCAAGGUGGUGCGCAAGUUUGAGAUGAACUCCAGCCAGAGAGCGAACAUCCUCAAGGAAGUUCAGAUCAUGCGACAACUGGACCACCCCAACAUUGUCAAGCUCAUCGACUUCUCCGAAUCCCGGCAAUACUACUACCUCGUUCUGGAGCUUUGCCCCGGAGGCGAGCUUUUCCACCAAAUCGUCCGCCUGACGUACUUUAGUGAGGAUCUGUCACGGCACGUCAUCAUUCAGGUGGCCCAAGCGUUACAGUACCUCCACGAAGAGGCAGGUGUAGUGCAUCGUGACAUCAAGCCAGAGAACCUUCUGUUCUACCCCACCCCAUUCAUCCCUACCCGCAACCCGAAGCCGCGAGGUCCUGAUGACGAGGACAAGGCAGAUGAGGGUGAGUUUGUGAAGGGUCAGGGCGCUGGUGGUAUUGGCCUUAUCAAAAUCGCGGAUUUCGGUCUGUCAAAGGUCAUCUGGGAUAGUCAGACUAUGACGCCAUGUGGCACAGUCGGCUAUACUGCCCCUGAGAUCGUAAAAGAUGAGAGAUACUCUAAGAGUGUGGAUAUGUGGGCACUGGGGUGUGUCUUGUACACACUCCUCUGCGGCUUUCCGCCAUUCUACGAUGAGUCUAUCCAGACGCUUACCGAAAAGGUCGCACGCGGCCAAUAUACCUUCCUGUCGCCAUGGUGGGACGAUAUCUCCAAACCUGCCCAGGACUUGGUCUCGCAUCUUUUGACUGUUGACCCUGAGAAGCGAUACGACAUCAACCAGUUCCUCAACCACCCCUGGAUUCGGGAAGCAGAUGAGCUUACUUACGCCGCUCACGACGCGCCACCUCUGGCCACCCCUGCCCUUCGACAAAAGCAAAAUGCGUUCGAGGCAGCUGGUAGCGGCAACCCUCUCCAGCAAAACUUUGCUUAUCUAGAGUCACCGGGAGCCAGACGCCAGGACUUCCGAUCUCCAGGUGCCGUCAACUUGCGAGAAGUGUUUGACGUUGGAUAUGCUGUACAUCGACAGGAAGAGGAGGGUAAGAGGAGAAAGAAUUUCAAGCAAGGUUACCGGGGCGCAAACGCCAUCAACUCCCUGAAUGCGCUUGACGAGGACGAAGACGACGAAUAUUCGAACGAGUCGGUACCGUAUGAUUCAUCGGCACAACAUCCUCCUGCGAAGCUUCCUAAGUCGCAAGCGUCCGAUGUCUCUGCUAUGGAACAGAAAAUGCGCAACACAACCCUUUCCGCCGCAGCCCAAGCACGGCAACCUGCCGCGCCUCGUCAAGAACGUGGGUAUGGCCAACAUUCGCCUGCUGUGGCCGCAGCAGCCAAACGCCAGGUCAAGAGCAAGGGCGCUUUCGAGCUUAGCCUGGACAACGCAACACUCCUCGGUCGAAGGCAUAAAAAGGCGCCCGAGCCCAGUGGAUUGCGCGAGCAGGUCUCGACAUGA